GAGCUACGUAGCUAGCUAGCAGCUAUCUAGGCCUCCAUUGUUAGCUAGCUAAACUGAUUUGUUAAUUAGCUAGCUUGCUAACGUUUAUAUAUCCAAUUGGCUAACAAUAUAGCUGCUUGGUGGCUAGCAGUUUUGAGCCUUGGAUAUGCAGAGCGAUUAUCAAAUUGUGCACACUCAGAUUUUUUCAAGCAUAACAGUGGAUUUUAAUUAAAAUUGACUUAAUGUGCAGGCAGCAAAAAGCUUUUGUUGAAAAUACUGGUUUAUUGAAUAUUAAGUUCAUUCUAUCAGAGUGGUUAUUCACACCGUUAGGCAUGAAAAACACAAGGUUGUAACGUUAGCAUGUGGUUUGUGGAAAGAUCGGGCACAUCAGACGACUGGAAGAAUUGCAUAAACCCGGAAAAGUGAGCUCCAUAAAGCUAACAUCGAGGCACUUCAUUUGUGAACAUACUGUAAACGGUAUCGACAGUGGUCGCGAGUUUGUCGGGUUUCUUGGUGAUCUUUUAAUAUAGCCAAUGGUUAACUUGAUAUUAUGGCAGAUCUAGAUGUCUUGAUAAAUUGCAUUAAUCAGUUUUCAAAACGCCUUGGUGUAUCCAGAUAUUAUGCUGGCUAGCUAGUGAUUGUUCACACUCGCUGAGCUGGUUCAGAAAAUGUAAGUUAAUGUGUUUAGUUACGGGUGCUGCGGAUACAAACUUAACUGUUUGCCAAGAUAGUUGAAUCACUUUUUCUUUCAGUAGCAAAUUAAUAUUUUGAACUAAGAACCGAGUAUCUGGCUACUGUAGCUAGUGAAUUACCAAGUACAGGACACGAAUGCCAGUUGACUUUCAUCUGUCCGAACCGUUUCUUGUAAAUCCAACUUGCUGACAUUACAGUAUCGAAGCACUUACACAAUCUUCAGAUCGUGCGAUGUGGAGGAAAUGUAUAUGUCUAUUUAUUACCUUUAUGUUAUGUUGAAAAUUAAACGCUAUGGACCAGCGAUUAUGUGAAACGUAACAAUAGGUUUUCUGCACGAAACUCACUAUUGCUUGAGUCACUGUUGCAUUGAAACGCCUGGCUCAGACCUUAUAUCAACCUUUUGAGCCCACAGUAUAGUAUUUCAGAAAUAUUAAUUAUAUUUUUUGUUUUUCCGGCUACCACUGAAUGUCUUCUUUUUUCGAUACAUAUAAUGAAAGCGCUUGGUUUCAAUGGAUAUGAUUUUGUUCUCAGCGGAAUGUGUUGCCUCUCUUUAUAGUUUUAAAUGUACAAUUUCACAAACAGGAACACUUCUAUCAAGGAUGAUUUGAUUUUAAGAACUGUACCUCUCAGGGACUUCUGGCACAUUUGCAUGACAAAGGGAAAAUUUGAACAAGACUGGUCUUUCUGGGCAUGGACACUAGCACACUGAAUAACUGAACACUGGUGGGGACCAGGGAAAAUAUUAAGGAACACAGUGAGGACCCUUCACCCCCUCACUCAUGACUCUCUGUUACCUAACUGGCUGGUAUUAAGCAAAGGAUUUUUUUUUCCUCAGGCAAAAUUUUAGUCUCCUAAAAUGGACGGUGAGGAGGACCUCUCUCACAGUAGUGAUGAUGGGGGCCUGGAACAUAAUGACUGCACAGCAAAUGACAAAAAACAAGAAGCUAAAGGAAUGUGCCUGAAAAUCGAAGGGCAAGAUGGUUACGUGUUUAAGUCAUACAGCCUUACCCCUCAUGAGACUAUGGAAGCAAAACCUGAAACAAGCUCCGCUGAGAUGCUGGCUGAAGAUUCCUCCUCUGUGUCCCCUUCCCCUGAGGAGCCCUCACAAGGCACAUCUCCACAGGAUGACUCGCCACCGUCAGAUCCGCCAGCAGUCGGCGAACUGUCCUCUCUCAAGGAGACAUGUGACCAGCCGUCUUCUCCAGAGGCUUCAAACGAGAGCCUUUCGUCAGAAGACAAAAAGAUGGACGAACCACUGGAAGCAGAAAGAGAUCCACAUUUCAAAGAAGAAGAACCAAUGACCGUGGAUGAAGGUAUCCAAGAAGAUGAAAAUGUAACCUUUGACAACUCAGUCGGCCCUUUUGCAACCAGGUAUAAUGAUGAUUAUGGUAAUUUACUUAGUGGUUACACUAGUACUCUUUAUGAUGUUGCAAUGGACGCUGUGACCCAGAGUCUGUUGUCGUCAAUUAGAAAUCCUGUUAACGCUAGAAAGAAGUCCCCCGCCUGGAACCAUUUCUUCAUAUCUCCACGAGACAGCACCAAAGCAAUCUGUUUGUACUGUAUGAAGGAGUUCAGUCGGGGUAAGAACGAGAAAGAUCUCAGCACCAGUUGUCUGAUGAGACACGUGCGAAGGGCUCACCCCACUGUGCUCUUACAAGACGGUGAGGUUUCUUCUAGAACUCUGGCAACCUCUGUUGCUUCAUCCUUAAUACCUCCCGUCAGCUCACCAAAUAGCAGGGAAUCGGCAGCUAACUCAACACCCACUUUGCAGAAAAGUUCUUCACCGCCUGUCUCUUCUUCGGAAAGCACCGAGGUUGCAGCCGAAGAAGCGUCUGAAGUUACACCAAAAUUAGAGAAGUGUGCCAAAAGCGACACCUGUACGGCUUCCCCCCCACAUUCCAGCAAUAACCAUAAAGAAGAUAACGUGGACGGAGUUUCCGAGCCUACCGUUUCAACUCCCAAAAACUCAAACUCUCGUCGGAGAUCGGCGGUGUGGAAACACUUCUACCUGUCCCCGGCAGACAGCUCCAAGGCUGUGUGCAUACACUGCAUGAAUGAAUUCAGCCGGGGGAAGAACGGCAAAGAUCUGGGAACGAGCUGUUUAAUUCGUCACAUGUGGCGGGCCCACCGGGACAUUGUCAUCGAGGAAAACGGGCAGGGCUCCAACAUCCCACCGCCUUACACGAAUCCUCCUACUCUGCUGCCUCACAUCAAGCUGGAGGAGGCAGGCGAGUUGAAAAAGGAGCCCGUCUCCGCAUCAUCGUCUCCCGAGACGACAUCUGACGAGGUGCCCCAAACUUUAAGUGAGAACAUGGAUGUGCUGAGAGAGGACCUUGACAAAGGGCCGUGUCAGUCAGGACAGGAGACCUCGCUUGAUUUGUCACUGGGACCCAAAGGCGACAAGGACUCGUCUCUGACCUCCUCACCGGACGACCUCGCUGAGGGCUCGAGCCUCAUCGUCGGUCUGAGUUCGGUUUUCCAGCAAAACAAAAAAAUCAUGAAGCGGGUCAAGUCAGAGGUGUGGCACCAUUUCAUUGUCUCUCCGGUUGAUCAUCAGCUCAAAGCAUUGUGUCGGUACUGUCCUUGUGUUAUAAGCCGAGGCAAACGAGGAGACUUUGGAACUAGCUGUCUGAUGAGACAUCUCAUGAGACGCCAUCCCAAUGUUCUCAAGAGCCAAAAAAGCACACCUGACAAAACUGCCUCACCUCAGUCGCCCUAUGCCACCCUUGCUGCUGCAGAGUCUCUGUCCACUAAUUUAGCCAGUAGUCCUCCCAGUGAGAGAAAACCACACACUUUGCCUGUUUUUGGCAAAAAGACUUCAAAGUUAUGGAAUCAUUUUUCUAUUUCCACCACAGAUCCCACAAAGGUAGUUUGUUUGCACUGUAGCCGCACAAUAAGUCGGGGCAAAAAGACAACAAAUCUUGGCACCAGUUGUUUAUUCAGGCACAUGCAGAGAUUUCACGGACAUGUUCUUGAAAACAACAGCAGCAUCUCAGGUGUUGUGUCCUCCACUGACGUUCAAGUGAAACAGGAGCCCAUGGACACGUCUUCAUAUGAAGAAAACAGUGAAAGAUUUGAUGAGUACCAUCCGGUUGCCAAAAAAAUCACCAAGCUCAUUGCCGAAAUGCUUGCACUGGACCUCCAGCCUUCAGCCUUGGUGGAGAACGUCGGCCUCAAUCGCUUACUGGAAUAUUUGCAACCGCAAUACUCCCUCCCCUCGUCUUCCUACUUCACGAGCACUGCCAUACCAGAGAUGUACAAGAGGGUGAAGGAGGUUGUCAUCAUGCAUCUGAAAGAAGCAGAAGGUGGCGUUGUCCAUUUCACUGCAAGCAUCUGGGUCAGCAGCCAGACUCGGGAGUACCUCACCCUGACAGCCCACUGGGUGACGUACGAGUCCUGCGUGCGACCCCAAGGCCAGGAUUUCCACUGCUCCGCCCUGCUCAGCAUCUCCCCAAUCGACUGUGACUACAACGUGCUGAAUGUUCAGAAUCAGCUCGAGUACCUCUGGGACGCCUGGAUCAGCUCUUCGGGGCUGAAGAUCGGAUUCACCGUGACCGAUAAUCAGAGCAUAGGCAACACGGUGGAGGACAACGAUCACGCCGCCCUGCGGUGCUUCGGGCACACCAUUGACCUCAUCGUGAACGAAGCCAUAAAGAGCCAGCGGAUGGUUCAGAACCUGCUGAGCAUCGCCCGAAAGAUCUGUGAACGCGUUCACCGCUCCGCGAAAGCGAAGGAGAAGCUGGCGGAACUGCAAAAGGUGUACCACUUGCCCGAAAACCAGCUGGUCCAGGACAUUCCCUCCAAGUGGAAAACAUCCUUUUACAUGCUGGAACGGUUAGUGGAACAAAAAAAAGCCAUUGAUGAGAUGUCCAUAGAGUGCAAUUUCAGGGAAUUGAUCAGCUGCGACCAAUGGGAAGUGAUGCAGUCAGUGUGCAAUGCUUUAAAACCUUUCGAGGUGGCCUGCAGGGAGAUGAGCAAUCGGACCGCCACGCUAGGUCAAGUCAUACCACUUGUUCACAUUCUGAACCGAAAGAUAGACAUGCUCUUUGAUGAGACUAUGGGCAUAGACAACAUGCUCAAGUCUCUGAAGCAAGCUAUGGUCAGCCAGAUGUCCUCAACGCUUCACGAUCCAAGGUACAUGUGGGCGACAAUGUUGGACCCUCGGUACAAGACCUCCUUGUUCACCGAGGAGGAAGCUGAGCAGUGCAAACAAGACCUCAUACAAGAACUGGAGUUGUCCUCAUCUACCUCAACCGAAACAAAGUCUUUGCUUCCCAAUGGAUGCGGCGAGGUCCCCGCUCCAACCAACAGCGUUCUCAGCAACAAGGACAACCUCUGGGCGCUCAUGGAUGACAUCAGGAGCACGAUCAAACAAGAGGAACGGCCCAGAUCAUCUGAGCUGGCAGUGCUGGAGUAUCUCGAGGAAGAGAUACUCGAUCAAAGCUGUGAUCCACUGGAUUACUGGAACUUGAAGAAGUUCCUGUGGCCAGACCUGGCCAAGGUGGCUGUUAGGUAUGUGAGCUGCCCCCCAAGUGUUGUCCCGGCCGAGAUUCUGUUCAACACAGCAAGUAUUAACUGUUCCCAAAGUCAGUCCAGGCCACUGCUAGAAAACUUGGAGGAGCUCAUCUUCUUAAAAGUCAACCUCCCAUUGAUAUUUUUUCAGUACUGAAUUGAUUUGAAAAUAUUCAGUCCCUGAUGGACUGAAUCGGAAUAAUAUUUGGGGUACCAACAUCAUGGAUGAAUUGCUGUGACCCCCACCCAAAUUAGGCGAACGUGCAUUUGAAGCCAAUUAACUGAAAAUGCAUUGCGUGGAAAGUUUGGGCCAAUUAGAGUUGAUUAAGUUGAGCAUUCGGUGAAAAUUGAAUCAUGUCUUGUGUGUACUACUGUCGGAACACUUGACUGCUGGAUUAAGCCUGCUACCCAUUGUAGAGUGUCUUAGGGGAGAGUGUGUUAACUAGAUGUAUGUGGGGUUUGUAUUUGUUGCUGUAUUUUUUUUGUCAUCUUUAUCCUUGUGCCUUAUGCAAACUACUUCAGGUCAAAGUGCUGUAAAUACUUAACUGAUGUUCAUCAAGUUGUAGUCUUUAAAUUUUAAUUAAUUAUGUAUAAUAGAACCUAGACACUGACUGUUUUUAUGAGUACAUGGCCCAAAAAUAAAUGCUGUGACUGAAAGAUUUUUUUAUUUUUUAUUAUUAUUUUUUUUAGUUAUUUUGUUGUUUCAUUGUGACUUUGUGGCUCAUGGUACUGUCAGUUAGAACUAGUCUUCUUUUUAAAUUUACUGAAAAAUAUUUCUAAAAAUACAAUGUAAUAUAUUGCUUUAUUUACAGUUUAAGCAAUCUGAAAUGUACUUAAGCACAAUUAAAAGUCUACUUCAGAGGGAAUAAAUUAUGGGUCACUGGUGAGUUAAUGCAAUGUACUGUACAUUUAUAAAUACAAAUUUCUUUACAGAAUUUGAUAAUUGUGUAAGCAUUCAUACUGGAACCAUGUCAAUUUUGUGGGAAAUUGUAAUUAAAAAAACUUUCCUUUGGAUAUGUA